AUGGAGCCGUACGUGCUGCUGGACCCGCGACAGAGAGCGCUGUAUCGUGACGUGAUGCAGGAGAGCUACGAGACGCUGAUGGCGCUGGAAUUCCCCGUUUCCAAGCCCGAUCUGCUGUCCCGCCUGGACCACGGGGAUGAACCUACAGCCCUGGAUCUCCAUGUGCCCAGGGACACCCCGGCCGCAGAGGAUGGAGCAGGAGCGGAGCAGGAACCCCCUCGAGAAGAAGCUGCUGAGAAAGAGCCCGAAGUGGUGAAACCUGCGGGCGAGGAGCAUCCUUCGAGCCCCGCCGAGGCUGGGGUGAAGGUGGGCAGGAGCAGGGGACCGGGGGAGACGGCCACGCGCCCGGGCGAGAGCCAACCCAGCAACACGUGCGGCGAGUGUGGGAAGAGCUUCAGCCACAAGUCAGCCCUGGUGAAGCACCAGAAGAUCCACACUGGCGACCGCCCGCACGAAUGCCCUGACUGUGGCAAGUGCUUCAUCCAACGCUCGGACCUCACCAUCCACCAGCGGGUCCAUACGGGCGAGCGGCCCUACGCCUGCCCCGACUGCGGGCGCCGCUUCAGCGUCAGCUCCUCCUUGCUCACCCACCAGCGUACCCAUGCACCCGGUGGGGAGAAACCCAACCGCUGCCCCCAGUGCGGCCGCAGCUUCGCCGAUCCGGGGGCCCUUGACCGGCACCAGAAGAGCCACCUGGGUGGGAAACCCUACGAGUGUGGGGUGUGCGGGAAAGCAUUCGCCUGGAGCUCCCACCUCGAGCGGCAUCGGCGCAUCCACACUGGCGAGAAGCCCUUCCAGUGCGCCGAAUGCGGGCGAGCCUUCGCCUGGAGCUCCCACCUCGACCGCCACAUGCGCACCCACGCUGCCGCCACCGCCUCUGAGGAUGAGGAGGACGGGGAGGCGGAGGAAGAGCCCCCGCCACCUCCUCAGAAAUGCGCUGACUGCGGCAAGCGCCUCAACCACCAGACAGACCCCCAGCGCUUCAAGCACAAGGGCACCCAGACGCCGCCGGCCGGUGCCGAACCUGCUGCCAGCCCCCCGCGGCCCUACCGCUGCGAGCAGUGCGGCAAAUGCUUUGGCCAGAGCUCCAACCUCCUCAAACACCAGCGUGUCCACACUGGCGAGCGGCCGUACCCCUGCCCGGAUUGCAAACGCUGCUUCCGUUGGGGCUCAGCCCUGGCCAAGCACCGGCGCACCCAUGCCCGGCAGCAGCAAGCUGGCGCCGCCACCAAAGCCGUGCCGGCAGCCACCGAGGAAGCCGGCGCCGGAGGAGGCGGCAAACCUUACCCAUGCGGGGCGUGCGGGAAGAGUUUCGGCUGGGUCUCGCACCUGGAGCGUCAUCGCCGCAUCCACACCGGGGAGAAGCCCUUCCGCUGCGGGGAGUGCGGGCGGGCGUUCGCUGUCAGCUCCCACCUGGAACGGCACCGCCGGGUGCACACCGGCGAGCGGCCCUACCGCUGCGGCGAGUGCGGGAAGAGCUUCGCCGUCAGCUCCACCUUGCUGGCUCAUCGCCGCACCCACGCCGCCCAGCCGGGCCGGCCCCACACCUGCCCCGAGUGUGGCAAGGGUUUUAGCACACCGGCCAGCUUGGAGCGGCACCGGCGGCUUCACCGGGGUGAGAAACCCUACCAGUGCGGCAUCUGUGGCAAAGGCUUUGCCUGGAGCUCCCACUAUGACCGGCACCGGCUCACCCACACCGGCGAGAAACCCUUCUCCUGCGCUCACUGCGGCAAAUGCUUCGGCCGCAGCUCCCACCGCAACCGGCACCAGCGUAGCCAUGGUGGGAACAAGCCCUACAAAUGCCCUGACUGUGGGAAGGGUUUCGGGCACAGCUCGGCGCUGGUGACACACCAUCGCAUCCACACGGGUGAGAAGCCCUACCAGUGUGCCGACUGCGGCAAGAGCUUCAACGUGGUGUCCAACCUGGUGCGCCACCGGCGGAGCCACACCGGGGAGAAGCCCUACAAGUGUCCCGACUGCGGCCGGCGUUGCAGUCAGCGUUCCCACCUGGUGACCCACCGCCGGUUGCACACGGGUGAGCGCCCGUACCCAUGCCGGGACUGUGGGAAGAGCUUCAACGUCAGCUCCGAUCUCAUCAAGCAUCGCCGCACCCACACCGGAGAGAAGCCCUACGAGUGUCCCGACUGCGGGAAGCGUUUCAGCGGCAGCUCCAACCUCAUCACCCACCAGCGGCUGCACAGUGGCGAGCGGCCCUACACCUGCGCUGACUGUGGCAAGGGCUUCACCAUCAGCUCCAAGCUCAUCGCCCACCAACGGACGCACAGCAGCGAGCGACCCUACAGCUGCACCGACUGCGGCAAGGGCUUCAGCGACCGACCCCACCUCGUCCGGCACUGCAGCGCCAGCCAGCGGGAGAAGCGCUACAAGUGCUCCGAGUGCGGCAAAGGCUUCACCACCAGCUCCUACCUCCUCACCCACCAGCGCAGCCACACCGGGGAGACCCCCUUCCUCUGUGGUGUGUGCGGCAAGAGCUUCACGGUGGUCUCCAACCUGGCACGUCACCGGCGCGUGCACACCGGGGAGAAGCCGUUUCGGUGCGGGGAAUGCGGGCGGCAGUACAGCCAACGGGCUCAUCUCACCACCCACCAGCGGGUCCACACUGGCGAGCGACCCUAUGUCUGCGGGGAUUGUGGGAAGGGCUUCAACGUCAACUCGUCCCUCACCAAGCACCGGCGGGUGCACACUGGGGAGAAGCCCUACCGCUGCCCUGAGUGCGGGAAGAGCUUCAGCCAGAGCUCCAACGUUAUCACGCACCGGCGGCUCCACCACAACGAUGCGGGAGAGAAACCUUUCAAGUGCCUCGAGUGCGGGAGAAGCUUCAUGCGGAGCUCGGACCUCAUCGUCCACCAGCGAACCCACACGGGGGAAAAGCCCUACCAGUGCCCCGAGUGCGGGAGAUGCUUCAACCGGAGCUCCAGCCUCGUGACGCACCAGAGGAUGCACACCGGCGAGAAAAUGUACGGGUGCCCCGAGUGCGGGAAGAGCUUCACACGGAGCUCGACGUUGACCGCUCACCAGAGAACCCACACGGGAGAAAAACCCUACCAGUGCUGCCAGUGCGGGAAGCGCUUCAGCAAAAGGUCGAACCUCAUUAAACACCAGCGGCAACACACCGGAGAGAGACCGUAUCGGUGCCCCGACUGCGGGAAAAGCUUCAUACAGAGCUCGGAUCUCAUUGUCCACCAACGAACCCAUACGGGAGAAAAGCCCUACCAGUGCUCGGAGUGCGGGAAAUGCUUCAGCGUGCGAUCCAAGCUGAUUCAACACCAGCGCGUGCACACGGGGGAGAAGCCGUACACGUGCGGCGAGUGUGGGAAGAGCUUUGGGCAGAGCUCGCACCUUUCUGUGCACCAGAAAACUCACAGAGGAGAGAAUCGGUGCUCCAGGUGUGGAAGGUCAUUCAGUGUGAGAUCCUGCCUUGUUAAAUAUCGGAGAACCGCCACCGGGGAGAAGAAGUACACGUGCAACGAGUGUGGAAGAAGCUUUGGACAGAGCUCCAACCUCAUCGUGCAUCGGCGGAUCCACACCGGAGAGAAACCUUAUAAAUGCCACGAAUGCGGGAAGUGCUUCAGGCAGAGCUCGAACCUCAUCGUCCACCAGAAGACUCACACGGGAGAAAAGCUCUACGAGUGCCCCAAGUGCCAGAAGUGCUUCCCAGACAGGUCGCUGCUCAUCAGGCACAAGAGGGUCCACGUAGGAGAAAAACCUUUUAAAUGCCAGCAGUGUGGGAAAAGCUUCAUUCACCGAUCGAGACUUCUCGUCCAUGAGAAGGUGCACGUAGGGGAACAACUCUACCAGUGUCCCGAGUGUGGGAAAUGCUUCAGGGACAAACCAAAGUUCCUCCAGCAUCAGCGGCGGCACGUGGGGGAGCGGCGCUACAAGUGCUACGAGUGCGGGGAGGAGUUUGGGCAGAGCUCGGACCUCAACCUCCACCAGAGGAUCCACGUGGAGGAGAAGCUCUACCAGUGCUCCACGUGCGAGAAGUGCUUCAAGGACAGGUCCACCCUCAUCAGGCACGAGACGGUGCACACGGGAGAGAAACCCUAUAAAUGCCACGAGUGCGGGAAGAGGUUCACCCGCAGCUCGGACAUCAUCGUCCAUCAGCGGACGCACACGGGGGAGAAACCCUUCCAGUGUCCCGAGUGCGGGAAGAGCUUCAGCCACCGGUCAAAUCUUUUCCGACACCAGAGGAUGCACACGGGGGAGAAGCCGUAUAAGUGCGAAGAGUGCGGGAAGCGAUUUGGGCAAAGCUCAGAGCUUAUCGUCCACCAGCGGACCCACACCGGGGAGAAACCCUACCACUGCUCCGAGUGCGAGAAGUUCUUCAGGGGGAGGUCAACCCUCUUCAGGCACGAGAGGCUGCACACCGGGAUCAAGCCGUACGAGUGCAGCGAGUGCGGGAAAAGCUUCGGGCAGAGCGGGGACCUCAUCGCACAUCAGCGUUUCCAUACGGGCGAGAAGCCCUACCAGUGCUCCCAGUGCCGAAAGUUCUUCAGCAACAGGUCCAGCCUCGUGCGGCAUCAGCGGCUGCACGCGGGGGAGAAGCCCUACAAGUGCCACGAGUGCGGGAAGAGCUUCGGGCAGAGCUCGGACCUCAUCGCCCACCAGCGGACCCACACCGGGGAGAAGCCCUACCCCUGCCCGGUCUGCGGGAAGAGCUUCAGCAGGAGAUCCAACCUCAUCGUGCACCAGAGGGUGCACAGAGGGCUUUGCAAGUGCCAGAAAUGCGGGAGAAGCUUCCAGCCCAACUCACGUUUUGGCGUGACGGCAGGGAAGGACUCUCUCCAGUGCCCCCAGUGUGCAGGGGGUUUCAAGGAGGGGUCAAACCCCAUCGAACACCAGAGAUAACACCGGGGAGAAACGGCUCCCUGCUCGGAGCAGGGAAGGAGUUUUGGGAAGAGUUGCGAGGUCG